GAGAGAGAGAGAGAGAGAGAGCGCACUGACAUAUAGCUGUUGCUCUGUUCAUCUGAUCACGCCUGACACAUCUGACUCUUUUCCUGAGGAGGAACGGAGGCUUUUGAUGCCAACAAGAGAGAAGUCAUCUCGCAUUUGUUACUCGGUCACACCCAAAUUAAAGGGGAGAGAGCCGUCUCUUUCCAACGGCUACUUCUCAUCUUCUGCCUUGCCUCUCGGAUCAAAGAAAGAGAGCUUCGAGUAAUUGUCUUGCAGUAAAAGGGUUGAUUCUUCAGGGUUGUGAAGCCAAAUUUGGGGUUUUGCAGGCCGGAGAUUUUCAGUGCUCGCAUGAAUAAACACAAUAGCUUGCAUUAGUAAUAAUAUCUUCAUCCCAGGCUCUGCAGUGUGAGUUGGUGUUGGCUGUUCCUGUGGGGGGUAAUCGAUAGCAUCUGAAAUGGAGGGGAUAGCAAUGCAGGGUGAAGUUACCUCCGUGGAUAGAGCAGGAAACAUAGUAUUAGAUAUCGAGAGCCUCACACAGUCAUCUGACAAGUGCUCUGGAAGCCCAAAGAUGACUAAAGCUUUAUCUCGUAAAGGAUCAUCCCGUAUGGAGAGGCGGAAUGGUGAGGAGCAAGAUGCAGAUGAGACAACCAAAAAGAUUACUAAAGUGGUGUGCUAUCAUCUGGAGCAGUUUAAGCAGUCCUCAGUGCCAAAUAAAACUCUUAUAAUUGUACCUACUUCAGCGAAUGCUUCUAUUUCAGAUGCUGGAGAUGGAAGGCUUAGGAAGUUCAAUCAUUUGACAGCCAUCAACCCCAGGAGAAUCCUUCUCCUUUUGGCAUCUUUGUCUAGCAUGGGGACAAUGAUUCUUAUAUAUUUCACACUUGCAAUAUAUUGGCGACAAAGCUUUAGUUGACAGCUAGCUUGCCCAUUGGUGUUCUGUCCAGAUGAUCACAGUUGACACAUCGAAGGCCAGACUUUAUACUAGGUGUUGAGAAUGAGAAUAUCUGGACCAGGAGGCAGAAUAUCUUUCACAUGAAAGAUACUAUUUCUGUGCAUAUGAGCAAUUAGUGAUAAUGAGUACCUGCAUAGCGAAUUUGGUCUAGAUGCUGUGCCGAUUCACUGCUGUGAAAUGUUGGCAAGUCAGUGAGAGUAUUAUCUUGCUUUAAGGCUUUGAUCUGUUGGACAUUUUUCUUUUCCUCAAGGCAGUGUGCUUGGAAUGAUUGAUAACAUGGAACAUAUCUGUGAGUUAAUCUAGCUGGUUUUUUUGCUUGCCAUAUAUAAUUGGCAGUC